UACUCAGGACCAGAGUGUGGGACAUGAAAAUGAAGAGCAAGAUGAGAGCUUUGAUUUUCGUCAAGAAAGUAGACAAACAAGAACUGUAAGAAAGCCAAGGUACCUACAUGACUAUCAUUUGUAUAUUGCAGAACCUAGAAAUUAUAAAGAAGCUAUAAUGUCAGAUAAGGCUGAAAACUGGAAGGAGGCUAUCAGUAAUGAACUUAGUCAGUUAAAGGAAAAUAACACGUGGACAGAAGUAGAUCAAAUACCAGAUGGAAAAGAGGUAAUUAGUUCAAAAUGGGUGUUAAAGAAAAAGGCAGAUUGCUACAAAGCAAGAAAUAAUUCACUGCCUCCCAUGAGUCAAUUUCUACAAGCUUUGAGGUUCUAUGCAACUGGAUGCCACCAACUGACAAUGGGUGAUUUUUGUGGGGUUAGCAGGUCCACUGCAAACAGAGUGAUUCACAAAGUGACUGCUGCGAUUGCGUGUCUAAGCAAGGACUUCAUAAAAUUUCCUCAAGACGCAGAGGAAAUUAGGACAACUCAACUGGACUUCCACAGAAUAGCCAGAUUUCCUAAAGUUAUUGGUGCUCUAGACUGUACUCAUAUAAAGAUUAUUUCUCCAGGAGGAGAACAUGCCGAAACUUUUAGGAACCGAAAAGGCUAUAUGUCUAUUAACACUCAAGUGAUAUGUAAUGCCAAUUUGAUAAUUACAGACAUAGUAGCAAGAUGGCCUGGUAGUGCUCAUGACGAACGCAUUUUUAGUUCAUGUAGAAGAAAUGCAAUGUUUGAAAUAGGUCAUUAUACGGACUCUGUUCUUGUUGCUGACAGUGGAUACAUGAACCGAAGUUAUAUAAUGAUGCCAUUGGACCGAAUAAUUACUACUGAAGAGUCUUUGUAGAAUGAGUCACAAAUAAGAACCAGUAUGCCUGUCGAAAGACUUUUCGGUAUUUGGAAAAGGCGCUUCCCGGUUUUGGCAUUAGGAAUCUGGGUGAAUUUAAAUAAUUGUUUGCCAAUUAUAGUUGCUACUGCCGUCCUGCACAACAUUUUAGAGUUGAAUGGGGACGAGAUACCUAUAGAUGACCCUGACCAGCACCGUGGGAAUAACUCAUUCAAAGGGGGCAAAUAAGACAGUUACAGGAUACUGGUACAGUAUCAUAUUAGAAGAGAUGUAAACCAAGUAAGGAGAGCUCUUAUUAAUAAUUAUUUCAAAACACUCGAAUUAACGAAUACAUUUUAGUACUUGAAAG